AUGUGGUGGUCGUUGAAUAUAUCACUCUUCAUCAUAUUCGUGGUUUCUGGAUCCUAUUCGUCAGGUGUUGCAAUACAUGAAUUACUGGAACAGUAUCUUGAUGUUACAUGUCAACGAGAAAGGAUCAGUGUGCAGUUGACAUUUAACCGGAAAAGGCAUCCAGAAAUGACAAAAUCAAUUCGUGAAAUGAUUUGGCGUGGUAGGUUGUGUAUUGGUGAUGAUAAAUCUGGCUCAUGCUGUUCACAACUUAAUAUGAUACAAGAUUAUCACAUAGUAUUAGUUGGUUAUAGUAAAUGCGGUAUAGAGAAGACAUUCUUUGCUGGUGGCUUCAAUUUUAUUGCUAAGGUUCAUUUCUGGGGUAUUGGUAAUGUGAACGAGCAGUUUGAGAUUCAAUGUGCGGUACCAUUCGUAGAAUCUCAUGUUAAGGCAAAAAUGGUAACAUCUGGUAAACCGAUCCGGAUAUCAUCGGUAGAUUUUACCAAUACUCAUCAUUCAUCAUCAUUAGCUCAAGCAAAACCGGUAUCUAUACGGUUAGGCAGUAAUUUGUAUGUUGCUAUUGAACCAACAUUCGAGGGAAUGCAAGAAAGAUUACACACAUAUCCGUUACGUUGUUGGAUUACCAUUCCUACAGUUAUUGAUACUACUACUACUGCUACUACUACUACUACUACUACUACUACUACUACUACUACUGCUACUGCUACUACUACUACUACUACUGCUACUACUGCUACUGUUACUGCUUCUUCUUCUAGCAAACAAUUAGCAAAUUCUGUAGAAUUAGCUCGUAGAUAUUUUAUUGAAAAUGGAUGUCCAUCUACUGAUGACAAUUCAGUGUUAGCAUUUUUAGAGCAAAAAACGGGUACUGGUCAUUAUGUGGAAUGGACUAAAAUAAAGAUACCGAUUACUCGUAAUUUAGUUAAUCCUUCAUUAUUAAAUGAAUCAGUAGUGGUCGAUGAAUCUAUUGAAUACGGGCGCAUUUCGCUUCAUUGCGAUGUAAUUUUCUGUACGGCUCAUAAGUUAAAUGGCUUUCAAAAUACUCCUACGUGUCCACGAGCAUCAUUUUGUUCAUCAAUAUCCAAUGAAAGACAAAAUCUACUAAAUUGGAUUGAGCCUUAUCUACAACAAGCAGUAACAGUCACUUCAAGUUCUACAAUUCGUAUUCUUUUGGCAAAUGCUAGUGAAUCUAUAUCAGAUAAUGAUGAUGCAUUAAUUUCUGAUGAAUUUGUCGCUGAAAGUGACGAUAAUCUUAUCAAUGUUGCAUAUGAUUCAAAAUGUGCAAGAGUAUGUGCUGUAGCAGUUGAAAAAGCAUUAAGAAAGGAAGAAGAAUGUCAUUUAGAUGGUAUACCAUUAUAUGUUGUCAUUAUAAUUGCUAUUAUAUCAUUUGCUUUUGGUAUUGCAUUUGUGGCUACUUUAUGGCUUAUUCAUAAUAAAACAGAUCCAUUACGAAAGAUUCGAUGCGCAGAUCGGAACAGACGUGGUAUGCCAUUAAAUGCAAUUUAUCGGGAUUCAGUUAUACGGCCAUUAAAUAAUGCCAAUGCAUUUAUGACAACGUGUAGUGCGACAAUACCGGAACGAGAACGACUGGUCUGUGACCGACCUCAAUAACUGUCACGUUAUAAAA